AUGCAGUUCAUCAGCAUAUCCGUCAUCCUCGCUUCGCUCUCGGCGAUUGUCGCCUCGUCGCCCAUCGUCUUGCCGGCUUCCGCUGCUGGUUCAGCACCGCUGUCGCCCAAUAUCACCGUCACCGGCGACGUACCUGCAAAGCAUGGCAACAUACUCUCUUCCCGCGUGGACGACCACGUUAACGAUGAGCCUAUCGGCGAUUAUAAUGACCAGGACUCCUCCCUCUCCGCCAUAGACGAGAUGAUAGAUGCAUUGGACGUUGACGGAAUGCCUGCACCUGGAGCGCCGACAUCCAAUCUUAUAAACUCCACCACCUCGACAAAGCCCUUCAAAAGUGCGACGGUGAAGCGCUUUGGUCGCAAGAAAGCUGUCCACAAUCCGCGUGCAGUUGAUGCUGACGCCGCCGAUGAGCCGUUGGCCGACUGGAACGACGACGGCACCGACGACCCCGCUAUUGACGAAAUGAUGGAUGCCCUGGAUGUUGACCAGUCCCAAGCCUCAGUCUUCCCUGAGAGGUUGUCGACCAUACCGGCCGUUCCCACACAUACGCGCUCAUGA